GAAUUAUCGCCCCUCCCACUUUAAUGAGGACGUGAACUUCAUCGAAAUAGUUCAAAUGCACUGCCCUUUGUAAUCCUACUUCUUCCUACCUACUUAACCAAAUCUAUCAUCCAUUUUCCGUCUUUCUUAUAAUUAUCGCCCUAGAUCCUGUUAUUACUCUCCCAUUAAUUCCGCAAAUGGCAUCCAUAUCUCCAGAUGCUAUUUUAGGUGCUAAAUCUGUGGCUUCUGAUUAUCUUCGAAGCUCCAAUAGUUGUAUCAAUGGUGUCCCUUUGAGGGAACUUGGAAGGACACGUUUAGUUUUCGGGAGGAAAAUCACGUAUAGUCCAGUGCUUGCCAAACUCAGGAAAGUUAAGAAACAUGAGUAUCCAUGGCCUGAAGAUCCCGAUCUUAAUGUUAAGGGUGGAGUUCUAUCUCAUUUAUCUUCUUUCAAGCCUUUAAAGGAGAAGCCUAAACCUGUGACGCUGGACUUCGAGAAGCCUCUUAUAGACCUUCAAAGGAAGAUCAUGGAUGUAAGGAAGAUGGCAAAUGAGACUGGUUUGGAUUUCAGUGAUCAGAUUGCAUCUUUAGAAAAUAAAUACGAGCAGGCAUUAAGGGAGCUGUACCUACAUCUAACUCCUAUACAACGUGUGAAUAUUGCUCGGCAUCCCAAUCGCCCUACUUUUCUUGACCACGUAUUCAGCAUCACAGAAAAGUUUGUAGAACUACAUGGAGAUCGUGCUGGUUAUGAUGACCCUGCUAUAGUUACUGGCCUUGGUACAAUAGAUGGUAGGCGUUAUAUGUUCAUUGGUCAUCAAAAGGGAAGAAAUACGAAGGAAAAUAUUGCACGGAAUUUCGGGAUGCCUACUCCUCAUGGUUAUCGGAAGGCUCUACGCAUGAUGUAUUAUGCUGAUCAUCAUGGAUUUCCUAUUGUCACCUUUAUUGACACUCCAGGGGCAUAUGCAGACUUGAAGUCAGAGGAGCUAGGACAAGGAGAAGCUAUUGCCCACAAUUUAAGAACAAUGUUUGGAUUGAAAGUACCAAUUGUUUCCAUUGUCAUUGGUGAAGGUGGCUCUGGUGGUGCUCUAGCCAUUGGUUGUGCCAACAAAUUACUGAUGCUGGAAAAUGCAGUCUUCUAUGUUGCCAGUCCAGAGGCGUGUGCAGCUAUCCUAUGGAAGAGUGCUAAAGCUGCUCCCAAGGCCGCAGAAAAGCUGAGAAUAACUGCUUCCGAGUUAACCAGGUUGCAAAUUGCAGACGGUGUCAUCCCUGAGCCGCUUGGUGGUGCACAUGCUGACCCUUCAUGGACAUCACAGCAAAUCAAGAAGGCAGUUGUAGAAUCCAUGGAUGAACUUUGCAAAAUGGACACUGAAGAGCUCUUGCGUCACAGGACUCAGAAAUUCCGCAAAAUUGGUGGUUUUCAAGAAGGAUUACCAGUUGACCCUAAGAGGAAAAGGAACAUGAAGAGGAAAGAGGAACCACUUCAAAGCAAGGCUUCAACUCUGGAGCUGGAGAACGAGGUUGAAAAGCUGAAGGAGCAAAUCCUAAAAUCCAAGGAUUUGUCAAUAGAGACUCCAAAUGUGGAUGAGUUGAUAGAGAAACUUAAGGUAGAGGUUGACCACGAAUUUUCCAAGGCAGCUCAAGCCUUAGGUUUUCAGGACCGACUGUUGAAGUUGCAGGAAGAACUUUCAAAAGCAAGAAAUUCCAAGGAUGAACUUAAGCAUUCUGUGGUGCUGGAAAAGGUUCAGAAAUUCAAGGAUGAGUUCAGCCAGUCUCUAUCUGCAGCUCCAAAUCAUGCUAGCCUGAGUAAUAAGCUCAGCAUGCUGAAUGAAUUAUCGAAAACCAUGAAAGUAACUGAAGUUAAGAGUAAGUCCACCAUGUUAAAACAAGAGGUGAACAAGAAAUUUAAAGAGGUCCUAGAUCGCCCCGAUAUAAAGCAGAAAUUGGAAAUGCUUAAGUCUGAAAUUGAGAUAUUUGGGGCCUCCACACCCAAUAAUAUGGACGACGUACUGAAGAAAAAGAUAUCAGAAGUCAAGAAAGAGGUGGAAACAGAAUUUGCAAAUGCUCUGAAGUCGCUAAAUUUGGAUCUGAAGAUUGCAAAAUCAAAUGCUGUAUUUCCUGUUGAAGCGAGCUUGCCUCUUAACUUAAAAGGCAUGAUCAAAGAAUUGGAGGAUGAAACACAAGGAAAAAUUGAAGAAAUUGUAAACUCAUCGGAUUUGAAGAACAAAAUCCAUUUGUUGAAAUUAGAGUUAUCGAAGGCUGGAAAGAAUUCUGAUGCAGAACUACAAAAUAAAAUUCAGGUUUCGAUAAAAGAAAUAAAAGAGUGUCUUGCAGAGGCUCUUCGGACGUCUGAGUUAGCAGAUAAGCACGGAAAGCUUACAGCGGAGAUUGAAAAGGUAUUAGAAUCAGAUGGGAAUUCAAGUAGUGGAUCAAAAACAGAUAUCAACAUUGAAGCUGAGCGCAGCUAUGCUUAGUAAAUUUUUUUAUCCAUUUGUUAUCUUAUUUAUUUCUGUUUUCUUCCUUGGACAUUGCCCCACAUGCAUGAACUGGAUAUGUCGAAACUGAUUGGGCUUGUAAUUGAGAGAAAUGAGAGAAAUCUGCCCAGCAUUUGCAUUUUUAGGCGUGAUGGUUAUUUACUAGUGUUUGCUAGACUGUAGUUCUUCGUAUACACCUUGCGGGUUUCUGCGUUGUACUUGUGGUAGUUUGUAAUUUGUGUAUUUGAGCCUUGAUCUAGUGGUGUAGUGCACUUAUAUGUAUUAAGAAAGAAUAUUCUAAAGAUCAA